AUGACAUCAAAUACAAAAAGUCCGAAGCAAUCACGAGUUACAUCAUCCGCCGAUCGUGAUGAAUUAUUAAAUGUAUUUAAUCGUUAUGCACAUCAUGAACAUCUUGGUGAACGUUAUAUGACACCACAUGAAUUUUUGCAAGAUUACUUAGGUUAUUUAAUAGGUGAUAAUAUAGAUCCAACAACACUUGAUAUACUUUCAUCUUUGGUUGAUUUGAAUAAAGAUCAAAAAAUUACAUUAACUAAAUUUAUUAAUUUUGAAUCAUUAUUGUUGGCAUCAGAUUCAUUAUAUCGUUUAGCAUUUCAGCUAUUUGAUCGUCACGGUCAAGGUUUUAUUACAUUCGAUGACUUUCAAUAUAUUAUAUCGGCGACAAAAAAUUUUAAAGAGUUUCCGUUUAAUUUUAAUUCUGAUUUUGUUACAACACAUUUCGGUGCGAAACGACAACGGCAAAUAACCUAUAAGGAAUUUACUCAAAUUUUACUUGAUUUUAUUGACGAUCAAACAAUACAAGCAUUUCGAAAAUUUGAUAAAGAUAAUCUUGGUUGUAUAUCAUUUAAAAAUUUUGAAAUUAUUCUCAAUGAAUUGCGACAAUAUCAAUUAGCAGAAUUUAUAUCAAAACAUCUAAAUGAUGUUGUUAAAUUAUCAUGUUCGACAUCACCACCAAAUCAAAUUUCAUAUUCAUAUUUUACAGCAUUUUUACAAUUGUUAUCAAAUAUUGAAUCGAUGAGAAAAAUUUAUCUAGCUGUAAAUUACAAAAAAGCUCAUACAUAUAAAUCAUCGAUGAUAACAAAGGAAGAAUUUUUAACUGAAGCUCAACAUUUUUCAUAUACAACACCAUUACAAAUUGAUAUUUUAUUUGCUAUAACACAUUUAUUACAUAAGGACCAUGCUGGACAUGAAAUUCAUAAGGAUUAUAUUGAAUUAAGUGAUUUUGAUUUAAUAUCAGCUAAUGAACAUUUACUACCAUAUCGAUUACGAUCUGAAAUCGUUGAUGAAUAUUAUAAAAUUGAACAUCAGAGUAUUUUUAUGAAAGUUCUUGAAAGUGGUUAUCGUUUUACACUAGGUAGUAUUGCUGGUGCUAUUGGUGCAACGGCUGUUUAUCCGAUUGAUCUUGUUAAAACACGUAUGCAAAAUCAACGAACAACAAGUGUUGUUGGCGAACGUCUUUAUCGUAAUUCGAUUGAUUGCUUUAAAAAAGUUAUUCGACAUGAAGGUGUUUUUGGUUUAUAUCGAGGUUUAAUUCCUCAAUUGGUUGGUGUUGCACCGGAAAAGGCUAUUAAAUUAACAGUGAAUGAUUUUAUUCGUGAUCGUUUUACAUUAGCGGAUGGAACGAUUCCAUUUUGGUCGGAAAUUCUUGCUGGUGGAUGUGCUGGUGCAUCUCAAGUCACCUUCACUAAUCCAUUAGAAAUCGUUAAAAUUCGUUUACAAGUUGCUGGUGAAAUCCAAUCAGUUCGUCGACCAGCUGCAAGUGAAGUUGUACGUGAGCUUGGUCUUCGUGGUUUAUACAAAGGCGCUCGUGCAUGUUUUCUUCGCGAUAUUCCAUUUUCGUCUAUUUAUUUUCCUGCUUAUGCUCAUACGAAAAGGCGUUUUGCUGAUGAACAUGGUUACAAUGAUCCAAAGAGUUUAUUUUUUUCCGGUCUUCUUGCUGGUAUACCUGCUGCUGGCCUUUGUACACCAGCUGAUGUUGUUAAAACACGUUUACAAGUGCAAGCUAGAAAAGGACAAACGAAAUAUAACGGUUUAACAGAUGCGUUCAAAAAAAUUUAUAUUGAAGAAGGAUGGACAGCUUUUUGGAAGGGUGCUGGCGCACGUAUGCUUCGUUCAUCGCCCCAAUUUGCUUUUACUUUGCUGACAUAUGAACUCCUUCAACGUUCAUUAAAUAUCGACUUUCAAGGUCGAAAAUUAGAAGGAUCCAAACAUGUUGAUCAAGAACAAUAUUCACCAAAAAUACGUUCAUCGAUUAUAUUGUCGACGAAUUCUGAUCAUGUUGGUGGAUUUCAUUUAGCUCAAGCAACAUUUGAAGGAAUUGAAACUCGUUUUGGUUUGGCUUUUCCGAAAUACAAAUCAUCAACUUCGAAAGAUUCAACUUCGUUGAUUCCUCCAUUAACUUCAUUACUUGGCGUGUCUACUCCUCAACUCAUCAAUCCGAAAUAA